AUGGGCCUUAAUCUGUCUCUCUUCUCUUCUUUAGGUGUGUUUGGUGCUAAAACAAAUGAAAUACAGUCAGUGUCAGUGACGGAGGGAGAUUCUGUCACUCUAAACUCUAAUCUUAAUGAAAUACCCGACGGCUCCAUAACAUGGCAGUUUGGAGCUGAAAACUCUCUGAUAGCUAAAAUCAAAAGAAAGAAACAAACCUUCUCCACAUAUAACGAUACUGAUGAGAGAUUCAGAGACAGACUGAAGCUGGACAAUCAAACUGGAUCUCUGACCGUCACAGACAUCACAACUGAACAUGCUGGAGUUUAUAAGCUACAAAUGCUUGCAGCUAAACAGUCAUCAAAAACAUUCAAUGUUUCUGUCUAUGCUCGUCUGCCUGUUCCUGUCAUCAGCAGUAACUCUUCACAAUGUUCUUCAUCAUCAUGUUCAUUGGUGUGUUCAGCUGUGAAUGUGAGUCAUGUGACUCUCUCCUGGUACAAAGGAAACAGUUUAUUGUCCAGCAUCAGUGUGUCUGAUCUCAGCAUCAGUCUCUCUCUACCUCUGGAGGUGGAAUAUCAGGAUAAAAACACCUACAGCUGUGUGCUGAACAAUCCCAUCAGCAACCAGACUCAACAUCUGGACAUCACUCAACUCUGUCACACAUGUGCAGUCUCAGACUCUCAGAUAGUGCUGAUCUCUGUUGCUGCCGCUGGAUCUCUGUUGAUUGUUGCUGCAGUCGGGAUCUUCUUCAUCUGCAAAAAACAAAGAAAAAAAGAUCAAGAAGAUCAGGCUUGUGGUGUAGAAAUAAUUAAUGCUGACACAAUGUUCUGCAAAGGAAAUGCACACAAAUGGAAAGUUAAAGAGGGGGAUCAUGUGGUAUAUGCACCUGUCGCCAUGUGAAAAUCCCAAAUCAGCAGUGUUUGACACGUUGGAAAAAUUUUAUGUUCGACUCUAAAAGGAAUAGUUCACCAAAAAUGAAAAUUAUCCCAUAAUUUACUUGCUCUCAAGCCAUCCUAGUGUAUAUGCCUUUCUUCUUUCAGUUAAACAUAAUCGAGUUUUCGCGUACGGCCGUUGCCGGAAGCAAUUAUAGUUUAUUAUAGUGUAUAAAGUUUUAAAUAUGGAUAUUUUUCUUACAAAAUUCCAUCGCUUCGCUUCAGAAAGCAUUUAAUAACCCACUGGAGCCAUAUGGAUUACUUUUAUGAUGGAUGGAUGCGAGUUUUGGAGCUUUAAAAGCUCUACUCACUCCCAUUAUAAAGUUUGGGAGAGCCAGGAUAUUUAAUAUAAAUCCAAAUGUGUUCGGCUGUAAGAAGAAAGUUAUAUACACCAUGGCUUCAGGGUGAGUAAAUUAUGGGAUAAUUUUCAUUUUUGGUUGAACUAUUCCUUUAAAGGGAACAGGAAUCUUUUUCCUGUUCUGUCUCCUCUUCCCUUUUCCAUUGUAACUGAAUGGGAGAGGUAGGUUUCUUUUGACUUCUGAAGUUUAUUGUAAUUAUUGCUAUUAUUAUUGAUAUUGCUAUUAUGUUAUUUUACUUACCGUGUACAUCAUGUUUAUUAAGUGCAAUUCACUCAAA